AUCGUUACCCUUCACAAUAGCUGGAAUAUAAGUCACGGCUCGGAUGUAAACACAACGCCACACGUGAGGAUGGACACAUUCAGCCAAAACUUAAACACAUUACUCAAGAAACCAGAGGAAUACUUAAGGCCACAGAGUAAACUUCGGGAGGCAUGGGUAACGCAGACAAAAGCAGUCUAUGAUUUCAUGAAAAGUGAAGAAAAAUGCCAUGAUCUCCCAAAAUCGAAAGAAGCUGUGCCUGAGCUGUAUAUUGAUGGCCUGGAUGAUGAACAGAUCUGGCAACUUGUGGAGCUACAGAACAAGGGACUCUUGGCAUCCCCUGACAACCUUGAGGGUCUAGAUGACUCUAACCUGUGUUACAUGGUGGCCAAGCUCAGUAGCUUGGCCAAGUAUGAUAAAUUAGGGGUGGAAGAAGAUGAGGGGAAGAAUGAGGGUUUUGAUGGUGGAGGAGACGAGGGGAGCAGUGGACUGGGGGAUGAGGAAAGUAGUGGUCUGGGAGACUCUGAAGAUGGUGGUUUUGAAGAUUUUGAUGAUAAUGAAGAUGACUUGGAGGAGGCUGAAGAAGAUGGGAUGGAAGAUGACGAGGAAGAAGACAGCGAGGAUGAUCUACUUGUAAAGCCUGAGGAUAUUGAAAAGACAGGACUGAAUCUAGAUUUUGGUAUGGACACUGAUGAUGAGCCAGACAACUUUGAUGAAUUCAUAGCUCCAGAAGGAAAGGAAACAGAUGAUGAGGAGGAAGAGGAGGAAAAUGAAAGGGAGGAGGAGGAUUCUCAAGAUGAAAGUGGGGAUGACUCUAGAAUAGAAAAGGAAAGAUCUGAAAGGAAAAGACCAGUUAAACCCUCAAACUUUGCAAGAAGCAAAGUUGACUCAAAAUUCUUCAACCUGAGAGAGAGUGAGUGGAUAGCUGAUAAUGAUAUCCUUGGACAGAACUAUGAUAUAAAAGAUGAUGACGUGGAUUAUAUGCAAGAUAUGUCAGAUGGUGAUGAAGAGGUAAAUUUCCAUUGUUGUUUCUUCUUCUUCGUGUGUUUGUAUAUCUUGCUUGCAUCUAAAUUGUAGUCUAUGUACAAGUCUGACCACCUUUU